UCCUGUACCCUCUCCCUCUGUCCUCUCACCAAGUCCUUCCCUCCUCAUCUCUCUCCCAACCCUCUGACUGGCUUUCUCGGGCUCCCUUUCUCGGAUCCCCCCCUCUCCCCAGUCUCUCCCCGUGUUCCCAGUCUCAUCUAACUCCCUUUUGCUCGCCUGUCCUUUGGUCUGACUCCCCAGCCCCAUCCCGUCCCCGCCCUGUCCCCUUUGUGCCCCUUUCUCUUUCUCUCUCUCCUUGCCUGGCCUGGCAUCCCUUCUCCACCUCUAACUCCCUUCAGCUCGGCCUCCCUGUCCCUUCGUGGCCACUCGCUCACUCGUCUCCCUGCCGGAGGCCCGAGCCACCAUGCUGACCCCCAUGGUGGCUGGGGGGGUGGUGUUCCCCGGACUCUUCCUCCUCUCCAAGAACACGCUCCAGCGGCUGCCCCAGCUGCGCUGGGAGGAGGCCGACGCGGUCAUUGUCUCCGCCAGGCUCGUGUCCUCCGUCCAAGCCGUCAUGGCCUCCACAGCUGGCUACAUCGUUUCCACCUCCUGCAAGCACAUCAUUGAUGACCAACACUGGCUUUCCUCUGCUUAUACGCAAUUUGCUGUGCCCUACUUCAUCUAUGACAUCUAUGCCAUGUUCCUCUGUCACUGGCACAAGCACCAGGUCAAGGGGCAUGGAGGGGACGAAGGGAGGCCCAGAGCCCCGGGGAGCAUCUGGGCCGUGGCGCGAGGCUACCUGCACAAGGAGUUCCUCAUGGUGCUCCACCACGCCGUCAUGGUGCUCGUGUGCUUCCCGCUGUCGGUGGUGUGGCGUCAAGGCAAAGGAGAUUUCUUUCUAGGCUGCUUGCUGAUGGCAGAGGUCAGCACCCCCUUUGUCUGCCUUGGCAAGAUCCUCAUCCAGUACAAGCAGCAGCACACGCUGCUGCACAAGGUGAACGGGGCCCUGAUGCUGCUCAGCUUCCUCUGCUGCCGGGUGCUGCUCUUCCCCUACCUGUACUGGGCCUACGGGCGGCACGCGGGCCUGCCCCUACUCGCCGUGCCGCUCGCCAUCCCGGCCCACGUCAACCUGGGCGCCGCGCUGCUGCUCGCCCCGCAGCUCUACUGGUUCUUCCUCAUCUGCCGCGGGGCCUGCCGCCUCUUCCGGCCCCGGGGCUCCCGGCCGCCCUCUCCCUGUCAGACCCAGGACUGAGGGUGGGGCCAGGGGACCCUCCCCACCCCACUCCCACCCGGUGGGGCCAGGGCUCUGGGACAGCUGGGUGGGGGUGGGAACCAGGGGCCUCCUGCCCUGACAGCCCCCCGGAACGGACAGAUGGACUCGGAAGGGAUGGGGACUUUUCCCCUCAGGGGCCGAGGGCAGGGACUCGGUGAGAUGGAAGGCCUGGAGAGGGGACCGCUUCCCACAGUGCCUCAGCUGAGGGCAGACCCGCUCCUGCAAACCCCUUUCUCCAUCACCUCCCUGGGGCCCUGGAGAAGCGAAGGAAGAGGAAAAGUCACACCUCUUCGGGCUUGAGGCUGGGGAGACUGAGGGGACCAGGACUCAAAGAAUCAUGGGGGAGGCCCUGCUGCCAAGGCCAUCCCAGCCCCCCUGCUGCAAACUCCUCUCAGCUCCCUGUCAUCUAGGAGGUGUGGGGGGGACACCCUAUCUAAAGCCUGUGGCUGUCCCCACAGCUCCUCUCCAGGGGAGGCCAGCCUGAGGAAUCUUAUUUAUUUUAUUUAUUCAUCCAAAUUCAAACUCAUUUGUAGGGGUGGGGGAGGGAGGUGGCUGCUACCGCCCCCCCAGCCUUCCCAGUGCUGAGCAACCCUGCGGGCAGGCGGGAGGGGUGCCUGGUCCCUUCCCCGGUUUAGGCUGCACAUCUUGCCCUUGGGCCCUGGCAUGUCCCUGGUGCUACAGACCUCUCUAGGCUUCCUCCAUUCUGGGGUCGGGGGACCCUGAGAGGUGCUUUACAGACCGCUAAUAAAGUCGAUCCACGUGAACGCCA